GAUGAAUGUGAAUCUUGAAACGAAUAGGUAAUACGAUGGUUGACAAAAUUAUGAACAUGUGCUUCGAUUUUUUUUUUUUUUUGCUCGAAAAUAUGUACGACUAAUUGCCUUAAUCCAUUACUAGAGUAGGGUUCAAGACAGCUCUCUGAACAUAAUAAAGUUUUCGUACUCGUCAAAUCAUCGAAUUCAGUUCCUUAUUUAAUAUGAAUUCAAGAUCCAAGACAUUUUUCUUGAUUUUGUUCGCAUUGGAAGCGAUAAUUUCGACUCAAGCCCAAGCCCAAUUCACUCACGAACACGAUGUGACAAAAUACAUGGAUGAAUGGAUCGCCAGAUUGUUCAAAUUUACCAAGGAACCGAUGAAGAAACUAUUCAGCAAGAUAUCCACAACAACAUUGAGCGCUUUUAGUUUCGAUAUCGGUGAUUACAUCUCACCAUUGGGCAGCACAUUUUAUUUUCGCGAUGUUUACAUGAACGUGAGCGAAUUCAGAUGGUCCCAGCUUGACUGGAGAUUUUCCGAAAAUACGAGUGAAAUGCUCGUAUUCGUGAGUGAAUUCACCGUCAGAGUAUUUGGCUGUAUAUUGAAAACAUCCGAUGAACAUUAUACCAGAUUUGAAACGUUUCUAGGUUUGGAAAACACCUCAUUCACUUUCGCCAUAAAUGCCGAUGAGAAAAUUUCGCAAGAUUUCAGGCAGAAUAAAAGCCGGAUACUUAUGGAAGCACGGUUUUACGAUUGCAACGAUUCUUCUCAACCGGAUUAUCAUAGAACGGAAUUGGAUGCAGCCCUUUUGCCCGCAGCUGUCGCUCUGCUGCGUGAAAAUUUAAACCAAAACCCAAAAUUUGCCAAAAGUCUACGAGCCAUUUUCGACCGUAGAAAAUCUCGACUCGUUAAAACAUAUCCGGAUUUAUUCACCAUGCCGGAUAAAUAUUACUACCUUAUCCCGAAAAUACCGUUUUUCAGUUUCAAUUUGAAAAAUGUUAUCAUCCAUGGACUAUGGAACCUGGAAUCGAUCAAAGUCAACAAAGGAAAUGAAGCAAAAAUCGUGGUAAAAGACGUUCACGGAAGCUUGAACUUGGAUUUUGGCACUUCGCAAGAAACCCCUCUCGAAUUAAUGUUUAAAAUCGAUCACUUCUCUUUGUCGGUACAACAUGAGAAAUUUGUAAGUGUGGACGUGAGAUUUUACAGCGUUAGUAGAGCCAAUUCAUUAUUACCUUAUCGACAAUCAACUCUGAUCAUGCAGCGGAUCGAAUUGGCUAUCGCUGAAGCACUAUUACUUGUAUCAUUUAAGGAAGGUAUAGUUUCCUGGUCCAAAAAUCAACUGUCUGAAAUUCAAGAAAUUGAAUUACCAAUAAAAGAAAUCCUGAAUAAAAGCUCAGACAAAUCCGAUUGGCAAACUUUCAAACAAACGCUCAGAGAAUGGAUACCAUUCAACGAUGAUUACAUCGGCAAUUACACAGAAUCAUACAACUACUAUAUUUCAUUUCCAAACGUGACAGUUAAUCUCAUUUCGAAAAUUCCUUAUCGUGAAGAAAUCCAAUGCGAAUUUCCCGAUAAUCUGAAAGCUAAACCAAUACGAAAGCUACGUUUGAGAACUAAAAAAGGCAACGGUAUCGAUAUAAAUUUCCACGCUAAUGUCACAUCCAUUAGUUUUUCUCAAAUCAAGCCCAAUGUAACUGAAGGCAACGGCAGCUGCGAAUUUCAAAUAUAUAAUAACGAAGAUAUCAGGGUUCAAUUACUGCCAGAGAAAAACACCAGUCUAGGCAAAGAUGAACUGGAACUGAAGCAGAAAAUCGAUGCAACGUUGAUUUCGAUAGCGAAGGAAAGGGUUACUCAAAACAUCAAGUCUGUGGUUUGUUUUCCAUUCAAAGUAUGCUCUCAAACGAAACGAAUGGUCGAUGGAUUUUUAAUACGUUUCGUCGAUAAUGUGUUGGAAAAAUGUUCGUUGCAAAGAAUCACGAAAUGAAGAGAAUCCAUCACGUACCCAGUUGAUAAUUUUUCGUCAAAAUCCUUGGAUGGGCACUUGAGCCUUUUGUAAAAAAUGAAAAGUUUUUUUGUAAUGAAAUGUCAUCCCUUGAACAUUUUUUCCAUCAAUUCUUCUCCAUCGAUUUUUUAGAGCUUGCAAAUGACAAAUUUAAUCCUGCAGAGUCCAAAGCACAGCAUUUCAUUUUUUAUUUUUUUUAAAACUUUGACAUGCUCACAAGAAAAAAUUUCCACACAACAGAAUUGGAAUGAAACUGGGUGUAAUGCGUCGCAAGGGUUCUCUAUUUUGAAAAAAAAAUCAUUUUCAAAUUCAAAAUUUCAAAAACAGGAUUGGUAAAAAGUAGAA